UACGUAGUGGACAGUCAGGGAAACUACACACUGAUAUGAGAAGGCUGUGGAAGCGUCAGCUGAUUAGUGGGCGUUGACGCACCAAGGUUUGAAAAUGGGAAACAGGUGACUGAUUGAAGUGAUGAGCGUUUCCCAUGAUGUGAGUUUCUGUGUCUGCAACGCAGCGUCCCCGUCAAAUCUUUUAGGAUUUUCGUUUGGACAUUUUCCUUUUGUGGACUACCGUCAUCGUAAGACAGAACUUUGACUUGAAGGACCUGGAACUUGGGCUGGCCACUCGCUGGGAGUAAGGAUUGGGUUAUUCGGCGGAUGUGGAGUGGAAAGAAGGUGGACAAUCUACUGUCCUUGAGAGGUUGGCUCUCUUGUGCGCUAUAAAAGGGCUCUUAUGGUGUUCAGGCAUCAGGGAGUGCAAGAGUACGGAGUGGCGCGCCUACAAACACACAGACACGCACACAGACAAACAAGCAGAUUCGUUCACAGACCAAGAGUCUGUAGGGGAAGAGAAGACAAGGAGAAACUUCUCGGAGAAGAGGCAGCACACUCUCUUACUGUGCAACAGAUAUGUUGAAAGAACUAAAGAUGCUGUGUCCUGUAUGGCCCUUGGCUGUGGCGGUGCUGUGCAUACUCACUAUGGAAGUCAGCAGUCAAUGCUGGGAGAGCUCCCACUGCCAAGACCUUAGCACAGAGGAGAACAUGUUGGAGUGCAUUCAGCUGUGUAGGUCAGACCUCACAGCUGAGACCCCAGUGUACCCUGGCGAGGGCCACCUCCAACCACCAGAGCCUGAGGAGACUGACGCAGACUCCUUGCCCACCCUCAACCUUGCUGCCGCGGGCUCCCCCGAGGAGUCAUCCCCCGAGGUGAAGCAGGCCUUUCCCAGGCAGGAGGAAAAGCGUUCCUACUCCAUGGGUCACUUCCGCUGGGGCAAGCCGGUGGGCCGCAAGCGCCGGCCCAUCAAGGUAUACCCCAACGGCGUGGAAGAGGAGUCGGCCGAGGUGUUGCCGGGGGAGAUGCGGCGCUCGGCGGCGGCGCUCAACGACGUGGACUACGGAGCGGUGGGUGGCGAGGCGGAGGAGAAGGCAGCGCUGGCCGGGCUGCUCCAGCAGAAGAAAGACGGCUCGUACAAGAUGAACCACUUCAGGUGGAGCGGGCCACCGGCCAGCAAGCGCUACGGCGGCUUCAUGAAGUCGUGGGACGAGAGGAGCCAGAAGCCCCUCCUCACGCUCUUUAAGAACGUCAUCAACAAGGAUGGACAACAGAAGAAAAGUCAGUAAGCGGGGUUGUGGGGGAGGAGAGUGGGUUGGUGGAGAGAAGGAGCGACAGAGGAGAGGAGAUGGAUGAGAGGAGAAAAAGUGAAGGAAAGAGAAGGUGAGGAAAGGAAAAAAGGAUCCAUGACACUGACCUGUGAGAUUUUGCCCGUGCUUUUUGUUUCCCUCCGUAAAGAGGAGACAUACUUGCUUAUUCCUCCCCCUAAUGAUCCUAGCACACAGUAAGUAGAUUGAUUUGUAAUAUUAUUGGGGCUAUCAAAAGGCUUUGUUGACCACAAGCACUUUGUUUUACAAGUUACUCCAUGAUUAACACUGCUAUCAAGAAAUAAAUUCUGAAUAUUGUACAUAUGCUUUUGUGAGUAUUAAUGAGAAGAUGGGUGAAUCAUCUAAUUUGUUGAUGUACUAUACUGUAAACUAAUUACAUGUGAUACAUAAAAAUAUUUUAU